AUGCCUACGUGUUCCAGGGCUGCAGCUACGUUGACUGCUGUGGAUGCAAUACUGUAUCUUCUGCAGUCGCAGGAGGUUGGUAGAGCGCCACCCGUUGCUAUUAACCUCAAUGGAGGACGACACCAUGCACAAGCGAGUGGCUUCUCUUACGUCAAUGACGUCGUGUUGGGAGUUCAGCGACUGUUGUCCAAGGGCAAAAUGAAGCGAGUGCUAGUCGUGGAUAUCGAUGUGCACCAUGGAGACGGCACUCAAGAAGCUUUUUACUACAGUGAGAAGGUCACUACCGUCUCGUUUCAUCUCCAUGAGCCAGGUUUCUUUUUUGGAACGGGAACUGACACGGAGAUUGGAGCUGAAAGAGGUAAAUACGACAACUUCAAUGUCCCACUGCAACGUGGAAUCACUGACGAACAACUCCACGGAGUUUCCAGCGCGUUGUGA